AUGUCUAACGUAUUUGGACUGGACAUCGACGACUUGAAGUCUGUAUUUGAUACAGAAGGAAAAAGCGAGAUAGCAAUUGAACCCAGUAAGCCAAAGGAUGCCAAAGAUGAUGACACUGAAUUUGAGGAAAAGAAGCGCAAAGCUGAAGCAGACUUAAAAGAUCAUAUUAAGGAUUCAAAUGAUGACGGAGGCUCCGGUGCAGUGAAGCGAUCGAGGCUCUCGUUCGACAUGAAGACCGUACUUUCCAAAUCACCACGUAUUAAAAUAUACAGAAUCCCCUCACCUCCUUCGUGUUCGCACGAAGUUGCCUACCCACCAGACGUGCCUUAUGUGAAACUGACUGAAUCAGACGGGCCGAAGGUCCGCUCUUUUUCUUUCACGCUGGACGCCUUCCAACAGCAAGCUAUAACAUGCAUCGACAAUAAUCAGUCCGUCAUGGUCUCCGCCCAUACAUCAGCAGGAAAGACGGUUGUGGCAGAUCCUCCCGGCCUCGAUGUCCAACUUUGUUUCUCAUGCAUUGUUUUUCCCCAACUAAAUAUGCGCAUUCGUUUUGGCGUUUUAAGGUACGCCAUUGCCAUGGCUCUUCGAGGAAAGCAGCGCGUAAUUUACACAACACCCAUCAAGGCUCUCAGCAACCAAAAGUAUCGCGAAUUUUCGGAGGAGUUUCCGGAAGUUGGCUUACUUACUGGCGACGCAACAAUAAAUAUGAACGCCAGCGUUCUGAUAAUGACCACCGAGAUCCUCCAGUCCAUGCUUUACCGUGGUGCCUCUAUCAUGCGUGAGGUCGGGUGGGUUGUCUUCGAUGAGAUCCAUUACAUGCGGGACCCGGAGCGUGGCGUCGUUUGGGAGGAGACUCUGGUCCUCUUGCCGGACAGCGUACGCUAUGUGUUCCUCAGUGCUACCACUCCCAACGCUCGGCAGUUUGCCGAGUGGAUCGCCUACCUCCAUCAUCAACCCUGUCAUGUCGUUCGCUCCGAGGCCAGACCAGUACCCCUCCGACACUAUAUUUAUCCUCUGGGAAGUGACGGACUGUACCUGGUUUUGGAUGAGGGCAAGUAUAUGGAAGAAAACUUUGAACGCGCCAUGCGUUCCUUUUCAAAGGGCGAAUCCAGUGGUCCUCCAAACCGGACUAGCUCACAGCCGGGUCCGGCCAGUAAACGCACGGAAAACAACGUGGUGAAAAUGGUUCGUCUGGUGAAGCAGCGCAACCUCGAGCCCAUCAUAGUCUUUAGUUUCAGCAAAAAGGAGUGUGAAAUCUACGCCCUUCAAAUGACGGAAUGCGACUUUAAUACACCUGCAGAAAAGAAGGUUGUGGAGGAGGUCUUCAAAAAUGCCAUAAGCGGUCUUUCUCCGGAGGAUCGGUCGCUGCCGCAGGUCGAGAGCGUCCUGCCUCUGCUAGUCAAGGGCAUCGGCAUCCACCAUGGUGGGUUGCUUCCUAUCCUGAAAGAGACCAUUGAAAUUCUCUUCGGUGAAGGCCUUAUCAAGUGCCUCUUCGCAACAGAAACCUUUGCCAUGGGUCUCAACAUGCCUGCUCGCACGGUGAUGUUCACUUCUGUGCGGAAAUUCGACGGUGUCACAUACCGAUGGGUGAGCAGUGAUUGA